UGUUCAACAGGUAGAAUCAUGCCUUGUGCUGUACUAAUGUGCUCUGUACCUCCCUUCUCUUCUCUUCUGCUGCUCAGUAAGUGAGAAACAACUUCUAAUUUUCAUUGGCGAUUCCAUCUACUUCAGACAUGUCUUGUCUAUGGAUCACACUCAGUCUUCUCUUGCCAGGGGCAAGCAGCUUCAUGAUCCACAACGCCCUCCACAGCCUGUGUUUGGAGGACAACCCGAAGACGGGCCUGGUUAAUUUGAAGAAAUGCAGCCUGGACUCUGAGCUCCAGCAGUGGAUCUGGAGAGACCAGAGUGUCCUGAAGAACAUGGGGACCUCCCGAUGCCUGUCUUCCACCCACACAGACCCCGUCGUGACUGUACAUUGCCAGGGCUUAGCGGAUGAGGAAAACAGGGGAGAUGAAGCACUGCAGUGGGGCUGUGAGUGGGACAGGCUGAUCAGUAAGAACAAUUCCCUGGAGCUCUCCGCCGAUGGUCAACGACUGACACUGACCAGCAGGAGCAAGCGGACCAAGUGGAGGUCCCUGGAUAAAGGAGAUAUAUGUCUGGAGAGGCUGAGAUCCAAAAGGGCAUCGAGCGAGACGGAUGAAUUUGAGGCUGGAACUGCUGAACAGCAGAAAGUGGGGCCCACUGUAAUGUCUGAAGAACAGAGGGAGUACCUCAGAUGGUACUAUCGCGCUGAGGACCAAACUCUCUGGACAUUUGCCAUGCUGGCUCUGUCCUUUGCUGCACUUCUGUUUGGCUGUAUGCUGCUGGGAAUGGGCUCCGUGGCCAACAUAAACAGGAAGAAGAUAGCACAGUACAAGAAAGCAGCUCUAGCCAGGAAGCCAGAGGCGGAAGAACUACAAGUCAUUGUCACAGAUGUCCAAAAUCAAAGGGUUAACUCAGGCGUCAAACCAGACAACUGUGUCCCCGCUGAGGUCAGCCUGAACCAAACAGAAAGCCCAGUAUGUGAAGCCAAGCCCCUUCAGGAUAACGGGGAGGGAAACAGGCUGAAACCGGGGGACAUUAUGUUGACGUGGAAGGACGGGAAGGUGUCAAGCCUUUAGGGAGUCAAGAUGACAGAGGUUUUAAUGAAAGAAGAGAUGGAAGAGUUGAAAGAAGAGGGGAUUGAGGAAGUGGUGUUGAAGAGCCAGUAAUGGGAUGAAGAGAGAGAACACAGUUACUGCAAGUUACUGCUGCUCUGCAAAGACAGCACUGAUGUGUAGUAUCACAGGCAUCAUUCUGGACUUUGCUGGUUGGAGUUGCAGAAAUGUAUGGAAAAUAUAGCUUCUGUUAACAUGGUUGAUAUUUGAAAAACAAAUUACCAUUCCGGCGAUCUGGGAUGCCAAAUAGUUGAAAAGUGUUUUUGUAUAAUAUUUUUACACAUUCCUAAUGCCCAUGUUUUCCAUAAAUCCUUUUUGGAAGGUUACCGAUUAUUCUAAACAGUUCCUCUAGAAGACCUGGUCAUUUUGGGAGAACUAACACACGUUUGUAACCGUAGUCUAAACCACUCCAUCACCAGGUAAAAAGGUAAAAAAUGUCAUACAUAUAAAUAAAUAAAGACAAAAGCAAACAUGUUCACAGAUAA